AUGCGAAAGCCGGUUUUGUUUUUCUACGUUAUACCGGGGGUUCCCAACCAGCAGGUAUUCGGAACAUAUAACCAAGUUACGAUAAUAGGAGAAAAGUAUAAACUUAACUAUGAGUUAGAAGGAUAUGGAUGUUCUCAUACAAUAGUAGCCAAGAGUCCAUCUAAAACUAUAUCAUUUGAUUUUGUACCUGUGUUUGAGUUUACCUAUAGCCAAUGGCCAUUGCCAGAUCCUGCUUCAGUUUCCCAUAAUGUGCGACAAUGUUGGAACUGGUUUGCGGUGCCACAGCAAAAGAGGCCAGCAGAUGAUCGGACCUUUAUGGUCUGUGCUCCCCACUGGGAGCGUGAGAUGAUGAAGGGAAACUAUAACUUGAAAAAUAUUCUACGUUUGAUGAAGGGGAUGCGCGAUAAACAUAUCAGGGAGAUGCCACAUUUGUCUAGUUAUAUGCUCAAAACUGUCAUUCUUCUGCAGCUGGAAAAGCGUCCAGACACCUACUGGCAAAAGGAUCUAGCCACACUUUUUGUGGAAAUGUGGACCUAUUUGUUAUUGCAUUUUCGUGAUAAUAAUCUUCCAUUUUUUUUGGCCGAAGAUUGCAAUCAUUUCGAUCGCUUGAAGCCGUAUGACUAUCAAAAAUGCAAGGAUACAGUUGGACUUUUAUUCUUGAAGAUAGUUUCAUUAAGCAAACAACCCAGCUCAUAUGAUGUUAUUCAACUCUUUUUCUAA